ACAUGGACACUCGCAGCCAGGGCCUGCAAACCUCCCAAAGUUAUACUGCCCUCAAAAAGAGGGAGUCCGUAUAGUAGUCUGAAGUUCAAAAUUAAAGAUUUGCUGAAAAAAUACUAGAGAAAUCUAGUCCCUGAGUAAAAUGGCAUUACGAUGGGGUAUUGCAAGUGCUGGAGCCAUUAGCCAUGACUUUGUGUCUGCAGUCCAGCUGCUGCCAGCUGAGGACCACCAGAUUGUGGCUGUUGGAGCAAGGGGGAUGGAAAGAGCCUCAGCGUUUGCAGAUAAACACAAAAUUCCUCAGGCAUAUGGCUCGUACGAAGAUCUAGCCCAUGAUGUUAAUGUUGAUGUGGUGUACAUCGGCAGCAUUCAUCCAGAACAUGUCAAGCUGUGCAUCCUAUUCCUGAAUGCCAGAAAACGAGUUUUGUGUGAGAAGCCGCUGACCUUAAGCUUGAGAGAUACCCAACUCGUCUUGACAACUGCCAAAGAGAAAAAACUUUUUUUAAUGGAAGGGAUAUGGAGCAGGUGUUUUCCAAUCUAUGAUCAUCUAAAGAAUCACCUAGCUGAAAACAGAAUAGGCAACGUUGUUGCACUGCGGGCAUCCUUUGGUAUUGCCUGCAAGGACGUUGAGAGAAUCAUGGAGAAGGAAUUAGGUGGUGGAGCUACAAUGGAUUUGGGGAUUUAUCCUAUACAGUUUGCUAACUGGGUAUUUGGAGAAACUCCCCAGCGUGUAGUUGCUGCAGGACAUCUUACCAGUACUGGUGUUGAUGAGUCAGCAAGUAUAACACUUCUGUACAGUAACAACAGAAUUGCACAGCUUUUCACCUCAGUAGCGGUCCCCUUGGAUAAUGAAGCAGUCGUGUAUGGAACGAACGGAACUAUCACAAUUAUUCCUGUUCAGCAUCCUACGAAAAUGACCAUACACCAGUACCUUCCAAAUGGAGUCAUUACUCUCGAAGAUCCUGAAAUGGAUUCUGCAGUAAGCUUCAACUAUACUAAUGGUGCAGGCAUGCGCUACGAAGCUGAACACGUACGGAAAUGUGUUAAUGAAGGUUUGUUAGAAAGUGACAUUAUGCCACACAAAGAAAGUGAAGCCAUUGCAAAAAUACUAGAAGAUGUUGUUCAGGCUAUUGGCGUAUAUUACUGAAUAUGUGGUGGCCAAUGUGAUUCAUAAAUGUGAAACCUAGCUUUUAUCAGGUUUAACUAUUUUGCUCCUGAUAUUGUAACCAGUAACGUCUCAAAUUAAAUGGCAUGAUAAUGUAAAGUUUGCUAUUGUGGUGGGGGUAAUAAAGAUAUCUGUGAUAAUGAUUGACAUUGAUAUAAAUAACUACCAGGGUUGUACCCAGUGAGGAGAGACAGGGGAGGGGGGCUGUUGCUCCCUUGACCAAUAUAGGUACCAUUAUGUCGUAAAUGGCCAACAGCUAACUGUCCUUGGUCGUCUGCCCAGGGCACCAACUGUGUGUGGCUUCCCCCCCCCCAGACAAAACGAGUUAGCUACGUUCCUGAUAAAAGAUAGCUGUGCUAAUGAUUGACAUCGAUAUAAAUAUUUACCGCUCCUGUUAAACAUGCCAUUUCUGAAUAUGAUCAUAAGUUAUGCGUAAUAACCCAUAGGUAGACUAGGUCUAGUAUUUUGUGAAGUUGUUGCCCUAGAAUGUGAAAGACUUAGCAAUAUAUAUUUUUAUGGCUGAGUUUACAUUUAUGUAAUUUUUGUAAAAUUAUGUAGUCUGAUUGUUCGGGCAACAGAGUUUUAUGGACCUCAAAAAUCGAUGUUACCCUCAGCCUUCUUUUCUCGGGCAACAUUGAUUUUGUCAUUCUAGAAAUCUGCCUCCCAAAUGCCCUCCCAGCAUCUGACGUCAUAAUUAUUUCUUACAUUUCAUACAUAUAAUUGGAAAAUGUAUCUCAUAUAAUUUAUAUGGUAAGGAUAAAAUGUGCAUAUACAUGUUGGUUUUUGUUUAAUACUUUAAAACUUAAUCAGUAUUUCAGUAAAGUAGAUACUAUAGUAUAUAUAUAUAUGUAUAUUUAUAUAUAUGUAUAUGUAUAUGUAUA